AUGGCCCUUAAUUCCCAAGUUGUGAUCCUCCUCCUCCUUCCUUUCCUCCUUUUAUCCUCUGCCAUGGCCUUUAACAUCACAAUGAUUCUUGAACCAUUCCCUGAGUUCGCCACCUUCAGCAACUACCUCAGCCAGACAAAACUUGUUCAUGAAAUCAACCACCGUCAAACCAUUACUGUUCUCGUUGUUGACAACUCUAGAAUAUCUGCAAUCUCCUCCCUCCCCGAAGAAAGCCUCAAGCAUGUCAUGGAAGUCCAUGUCAUCUUAGACUAUUAUGACAUUAGAAAGAUCAGUAGCAUACCGCGCAAGAGCUUCCUCCUCACCACCCUCUUUCAAACCACCGGCAUUGCUACUAAUAGAAUGGGGUUCUUGAACCUCACUCAUAAGGCUGGCAAGUCGGUGGUGUUUGGGUCCGCCGUCCGAGGAGCCCCACAUACCUCAAUCUUGAUUAAGAAGAUUGUGACAAUGCCAUAUAAUAUUUCAGUGCUUCAGAUUUCUGAGCCCAUCAUCCCACCUGGCAUUUAUGGUGCACCACCCAUCGCCCCUGUAUCGGCCCCACCAAAGAAGACCGAUCCCUCGAUGGAGGCUCCAGAGGCAGAUGAUACUUCUAUAGAGUCUCCAGAAGAUGACAUUGUUGAUGCCCUUGCAGACGCACCAGGAGAAAGUGCCGAAACUCCUGCUGACUCUCCAAAAGCAGAUGAGUCGGUCUCAGAUGCACCUGAGGAGCCAUCUACCUUACGUAAGAAAGUCAUUAAUGUGUCCGCAAGCACAUCUUUGAGCAGCCGACUAUCAAUUGGUGCUAUCCUCAGACUUGUCAUGGGCAUUGUAUUCUUAAGAGCUCUUUGA